GAUAGCCCCACUCCGACCUGCCGCUCCCGUUGCACGGCACCGCAAUGGUCGCCAAGGUGCAGAGGUCUUGGCCUGCGCAAACAAUCCAAUCCAUCUUACUACAUCCAUGCUUAUAGACAGUAAACUUCCUUCUCUCGGGAAACAAUCAACACACGUCUGCCCGAAGAAACUUUCUUCCGGUUCUAUCUUACCCCCGUUUUCUAUGGGCCAAAUAAAUCGAAACCUGACAAUCAGUUGAAGGGACGAUCGGGACCGGAUCGGGCCCGACGAAGCACAUUUCCGCUCAAAGACAUCAAGCACAACUAGGGAUAUUGACCCUGCCGGCGACUGAUGCGACAACGACCUGUGGCAAGCAUAACCAUCCCCGAUUAAACCUCGAACGUGCCCGUCGCGACACCGCCCGCCAUGGCCCAAGUCCUGUUUGACCUUCUCUCCUCCCUCGGGAGCUGUCUCAACUGCUUCCCCGGCUCGCCGACACUUAAGAUCAACAAUCGCAGCCUAAAGAUCCUGCGCCUGCUGGGCGAGGGCGGUUUCUCCUACGUCUACCUCGUGCAGGACACGUCGACGUCGGAGCUCUUCGCGCUCAAGAAGAUCCGGUGCCCGUUCGGGGCCGAGUCGGUCGCGCAGGCCAUGAAGGAGGUGGACGCGUACAAGCUUUUCGCGCACAGCCCGGGCAUCAUUCACAGCGUCGACUACGCCAUCGCCACCGAGCGCGGCGGCGGCGAGCAGACCAAGACCGUCUACGUCCUCCUGCCCUACUACCGCCGUGGCAACCUGCAGGACAUGAUCAAUGCCAACCUGGUCAACCACACGCGCUUCCCAGAGAAGAAGCUGAUGCUGCUCUUCCUGGGGGUCUGCAGGGCGCUGAGGGAUAUGCAUCUGUACCGCGGGCCUGGCGAGGCCGGCGGCGGCGGCGCCGGUGGGGAGAGGAUGGAGAUGAGGGCGGACGGGGUGGAUGAACAUGCCAGGGCCAAAGGGACGAGGGCAGCGGAUGACGAGGACGAGACGGAGCAGCAGCGGCCGUUGAUGACGGAGGAUGAGAGGAUGCCAGCGGCAACAACGGCCGGGGCGACGAGGAGUUACGCGCAUCGGGAUAUCAAGCCGGCAAACAUUAUGAUCUCGGAUUCGGGCACCGAACCUGUUAUAAUGGACCUCGGCUCCAUCGCCGUCUCGCCGCUCCCCAUCACCAGCCGAUCGCUCGCCAUCGCUACCCAGGACACGGCCGCCGAGCACAGCACCAUGCCGUACCGCGCGCCCGAGCUGUUCGACGUCAAGACGGGCUCCGUCAUUGACACGAAAGUCGACAUCUGGUCGCUCGGCUGUACCCUGUACGCCUGCCUGGUGGGCAAGUCGCCUUUUGAGAUGCGCAGCGACGAGACGGGCGGGUCGCUGAGCAUCUGCGUUCUCUCGGGAGACUGGCGGUUUCCCGAUGAGGGACCCGGAGGGAAGGGCAAGGGCAAGGGCAAAGGCACGGCCGCCGGGCCUUCCAACGGGACGUCCGGGGGGAACGACACGCCCACCAGCGAGCCCAUCCGCGAGGUUGUCCGGAGGUGUCUGAAGGUGGAGCCGAGCGAGAGGCCGGAUAUUGACGAGUUGAUUGAGAUGGUGGAGCGGGUGGUGGAGGAGUUGCCCGAGGACGACUCAACUUGAGGCCAAAGGAUUCUUUUGCUAUCUCUCUUUCUCUCUCUCUGUGUGUGUGUGGCUCUGUCUAUCUGUCGUGUGGGUGUGUGGAUGUGUGUUCGGUUGUGUCUAGGUGGUAUGUGUGUCGCUUGUGUAGGGUUUCAUUAGGGGUUCAUCUGGUUCGGCGUUGGGUGCCAACUCGGUUGGAGUUGGGAUGGCCAAAACAAGCUUCAUCCCGUAUCACGAUCUCUUCUUCUGAUGAUUGCGUGAGUAAGUCGUCCUACCUCGGCGCGGUGACGGACUUGCAUGUUACUUGUCUACGCCAUCUGAGACGAAUAGAUCAACUUUCUCCAGUCUCGAGAGAUAGUGGGCAAGCAUCUCGGUACUCGUCUGAACCCGUGGAAAUCGCACAGGGAACGCGUUUCCAAGGGUGUACUUCUAACUCCACCACGCGGCGCGAUGAAUGGUUUCAUGUCUUCUAUCCAAACAGCAAGAGACCCCGGUCUAGUUUAAGAGGUAUCAGAUCUAAAAGGCUUCCGAAUACCCCCGGUUGCCACAUGCCGAAAAUAUGAUUCGUCUCCCGGGGGAGAAAAGAGCAUCAAUUUGACGCUGUCCCGGCAGCAGCGGCCUCGGCAGCGGCAAUGGCAUCGUCUGCCCUCUGGACGCACUCUUCCAGGACCUUCCAAAAUAGCGGGAUUUCCAGGCUGCGCGGUAUCCUGACGCCCUCUUCGCCCGGGGGGAGCAGCUUGGCCGUGAUCUGGCCCGUCCUGGCUCCGGCGCGGGCGUCUUCGUAGGUGCCCUCGGUCACAACCGACACCUCGUAACGCUCCCGCUGCGCCAGUCCCGGCUCCCCCGCAGGAUCACAGUCAGCGAAGGGGAUCUCGUGCUGGUCCCCGACGCCCGUCAGGACCGCGGCCACAGCGAGCGGGUCGUGCAGCGGCGGGCCCUCGGUGAUACCGAAGACGUCUCUAUCCCUCGCAUGUCAGCCGUCGUUGUGCUCACGCACUCUCCCCAAAAGAACG